GCCUCCGCCCGGCGCAGCUGGGGGAUGUGCGUGGCGGCCCCAGGGCCGGACCGCUCCGAGCGCCAGUCGAAAGUGGGAAAUAAAGGAUGUGAUGAAUACAAGAGGACUUUAAUGCCCUGACCUACCCCUGCACCAUUGGUUGAGCUUCCUACUCUGGGUUAUGGGCAAGUCAGAAAGCCAGAUGGAUAUAACUGAAAUGAAUACUCCAAAACCAAAGAAAAAACUGCGAUGGAGUGCCCUGGAAAUAGGGCUAGCUGUUGUAGUGGUUCUGCUAACUAUUGUAGCUAUCACAAUGAUAGUUCUGUAUGCAACAUAUGAUGAUGGGGUCUGCAAGACAUCAGACUGUAUAAAAUCAGCAGCCCGAAUUAUUGAGAAUAUGGACAUCACUGCAGAGCCUUGUAAAGAUUUCUACCAAUAUGCCUGUGGAGGAUGGCUAAAGAGGAAUAUCAUUCCAGAAACCAGCUCCCGUUAUAGUAACUUUGACAUUUUAAGAGACGAACUAGAAGUAGUUUUAAAAGAUGUCCUGGACAAACCAAACAAUAGUGAUAUAACAGCAGUGCAGAAGGCAAAAACUCUAUACAGAUCAUGUAUAAAUGAAACUACCAUUGAUAGCAGAGGUGGAAUGCCUUUAAUCAGUUUACUAUCAAAUGUAUCUGACUGGCCUGUAGCAACAGAUAACUGGGAGUCUUCCUACGGUACCACAUGGACAGCUGAGACAGCUAUUGCACAGCUAAACUCUAGAUACGGGAAAAAGGUCCUUAUUAAUUUUUUUGUUGGCACAGAUGAUAAAAACUCCACAACACACAUCAUUCAUAUCGAUCAGCCUGGACUUGGCCUGCCUUCUCGUGACUACUAUGAAUGCACUGGUGCAUACAAAGAGGCAUGUUCUGCCUAUGUUGAUUUCAUGAUUUCUGUAGCUAAACUAAUCCUCCAAGAAAGAAAUAUUCCUUUCAAUGAGAGCAAAAUCUCUGAAGAAAUGAAAAGAGUUAUGGAUCUGGAGAAAGAGAUUGCCAAUGCAACAACAAAAGCUGAAGACAGAAAUGAUCCAAUUCUGCUGUACAAUAAAAUGACACUGGCACAACUCCAAAACAACUUCUCAGUGGAAAUUAAUCAUAAGGUAUUCAACUGGUCAAAAUUCAUAAAUGCUAUAAUGUCAACUGUGGAAAUUUAUGUUGAGAAUACAGAACACGUGGUUGUUUAUGACCCAGAAUACCUUAUUAGGCUGAAGUCUAUUCUUAAUAAAUAUACUCCCAGAGAAAUUCAAAAUUACAUGACCUGGCGAUUCGUAAUGGAUCUUGUAAACAGUCUAAGCCAAAACUACAAGGAUACAAGGAAUGCUUUUCGCAAGGCACUUUAUGGCACAACAUCAGAAACCGCUGUUUGGCGUCGUUGUGCAAACUAUGUCAAUGGCAACAUGGAGAAUGCAGUGGGACGAUUAUAUGUAGAAGCAGCAUUUGCUGGAGAGAGUAAACAUGUGGUUCAAGAAAUGAUUGCUGAUAUACGUGAGGUUUUUAUAAAAACCUUAGAUGAACUUACCUGGAUGGAUGUAGAAACCAAAAAGAAAGCAGAACAAAAAGCAACAGCAAUUAGAGAAAGGAUUGGUUAUCCAGAUGAGAUCCUGACUGAUAGCAGCAAGCUGGACAGUGAAUACCAGGAGUUGAACUACAAAGAAGAUGAAUACUUUGAAAACAUUAUUCAAAAUUUGGUAUUUAGUCAGAAGAAAAGGUUGAAAAAGCUUAGAGAAAAGGUGGACAAAGAGGAGUGGAUAAGUGGAGCUGCUGUUGUCAAUGCCUUUUAUUCUGCAAGUAGAAAUCAGAUAGUCUUCCCUGCUGGCAUUUUGCAACCACCUUUCUUCAGUGCAACCCAGCCCAAAUCACUGAAUUACGGCGGCAUAGGCAUGGUCAUUGGUCAUGAAAUUACACAUGGUUUUGAUGAUAACGGCAGAAAUUUUAAUGAGAAUGGCGACCUCAUAGACUGGUGGACUGAAGAAUCAGCACGCAAUUUUAAGGAGCAAUCUCAGUGUAUGGUGUACCAGUAUGGAAACUUUUCAUGGGACCUAGCAGGUGGACAGCAUCUGAGUGGAAUCAACACACUAGGAGAAAACAUUGCUGACAAUGGAGGUAUUAGACAAGCAUAUAAGGCAUAUGAAAACUUUGUGAGAAAGAAUGGGAAUGAAAAACUUCUUCCUGGCCUUGGAAUGAACCAUAAGCAACUAUUUUUUCUGAACUUUGCACAGGUGUGGUGUGGAACGUACAGACCAGAGUAUGCUGUCAACUCCAUCAAAACUGAUGUACACAGCCCAGGAAAAUUCAGGGUCAUAGGAUCACUGCAAAAUUCUCCAGAGUUUUCUGAAGCAUUUUCAUGCACCACGACAACCUACAUGGAUCCUGCUAACAAGUGCCGAGUUUGGUGAUGGAACAGUAAACCUUACAUCUGAAGCAGCUUUCCAGAAAAAAAUUUUGAACUAAUUUUGAGAAUGAGGGAAGAAAAUUGAGGGAAAUGUACUACAAAAGUCACCGUAAUUGCUGGCAAACACACAAACAUAAAACAAUCACAUCAAAACAAUCUACUUCUCAAAUGAACAAUGAAUACCAAUACAGCAAUUAGCUACCCUAGCUGAUUGGCUGCUUUUCCCAUGACUGAACCUUGCAGAAUCUGAAUCACUUGACAUUGUACAGUGAUGUUUCACUCAGUUACUCCUGUUCCCCACUGGUCAUCAGGUCUAGGGGAGGGAAAGGGUGUUUUUUUUUUUCUUUUUCUUUUAAUGUCAAAGUAGAACACUAUCUCCCACUGCUCUGAAAAGUGCAUUUCUGAUCAGAGGAAGGAAAUAUUAGGUAACACAUGGUUUAGACAUAAUAAUAUGACAAUGAGGUAACAGUUUAGAUCAAAAGGGUCAGACUUUUUACCCUCAGCUGUUACGAUAGAUCAGUUCUAUGAAAACUUUCAUUUGUACUUGAAACCAUUUAUACAAGAGUCCAAAGACCUGUUGUAAUUAACUUCUCAGUAAUUAUUCCACUCUGUACUAGAGUCGCUAUUUACAUGAGUUUUACUGCUUUCCAGCCAAACUAAAAUUGUAGGUAAUUUAUUAAUUUUUCAACAUAUAACCUGUAAUAUUGUGCUCAAAGACCCUUUCACAAUUUUCUAAGCUUUUUCUUGCUUUCUCUAAAGGU